GCUUGUUUAAAGUUGCUAUGCUAUUCAGUAGCAGCAAUAGCUUUGCUGGAGCUGUCUCUGUUAAUACGUCUCUUUAUGGGGAUGGCGAACAAGUCUUUCAGGGAGAAGCUACGACAUGGGGCGCGAACUGGCCUUCUGGGAACUGCCUUUUUGAGAAAUGGCCACAACCCGAAGGCUUAGGAGCCAUUGCGAUGGCCUCUAAUUUAUGGGAUUCAGCAGGCAUCUGUGGUGCUUGCAUUUCCAUAACGGGUCCCUCUGGAGAUACUCACGACGGGAUCGUCAGUGAUCAAUGCCCCUCGUGCAAGAAAGACAGCCUUGAUUUGGCUCCUGAUCUUUGGAAGAAAGUUAGCAACAACCAAACUCCUGGGAUUUUGAAAAUCAGCUGGAAAAUUGUGUCGUGCAAAUUUUCUACACCUAUCGAGUUUAUCAACAAGGGCGGAGUGAGCAAAGAUUCGACAUCAGUGCAAGUUGCAGGUUCCAACAUGCCAAUAGAAUCUUUGGAAAUUUUACCCAGCGGGAGCAAUAGCAGCGGUACAAUGCCCACCGGAAACUGGGUGAAGUUAGUCAGACAAUCAAGUUCAAACUAUUUUCAACCGGAUCCCCCGUCAGGCCUGGGGGCUAUUGGUGAUCUCAGAGUUACCUGUGGUGAUGGUAAACAAAUCAUCACCAAGCACGUUCAUUUAGACCAACCACUUAAUACUACCGCUGCGACUGGCAAUUGUUAGAAGGUAGUCGAUAGCUUUGGUCGAGACAAUUGGUAUUGUCGGAAAUACUUAGCAACCUCAUUCAGAAUAAAUUGAAAGAAUUCAUAAACGCAAUAGCACUUAUAUCAGUUUCAGUCGGAUCUCCUUCUUUGUAUCAAAGUGAUACAAUUUUUGGCAUCCUUUUUUUCAAUAGCUGAAGCAAUCUAAAUAGUCAAAUCUCACUGGUUUCUUCAUUAAAAUUCUCAAAUCUUG